GUGGCGUUGAAUCAGGCUGUAUAGUUCAUACUAAGCAGCUUUUUGUUUGUAUAUAUGUGUCAUCCCUCUUCCCUUAAGACUAAGGUAUAAUCUCCAUAAAUUAGAGGCCAUUCACUCAUCUCCUUCUGUGACUUCUGACUAAGUACAGAUUUUUUCAAUUAUGCGUUACUUCAAGUUACUCGGACAGAGCAAAGCUCAAGAUUCAGAUAACACACUGUUAACUGCUAACAAUAUUCCGACAGAAUUCCUCUGUCAUGCAAUAUUUGCUGGAGAUAAAUUCCACGAUGUAGAAGCUGCAUAUGGUCGAGUAGAAGGAGUUGUAAAAACGGCAACUGGUUACUGUGGAGGAAAUAUAAGGAAACCUUCCUAUAGAGAGGUGUCUGAAGGAAGAACAGGUCAUACUGAAGCAGUGAAGAUCACAUAUGACAAGAGAGUCGUUUCUUACACAUCUCUUUGUGAUUUUUUCUGGGAAAUUCAUGAUCCAACCAAUAAACAUUUCCUUAAUUUCGGGUUAAGUACGCACCUGAGAUCAGCAAUAUUCUGUUCAACAGAAGAAGAGAGGAAACAAGCACAGGAGUCAAAGAUAAGGCGACAAAUGAAGCUUAAUAGGAGGAUUCUUACAAAGAUAACUCCAUUUUCGAAAGAAAUUAAUUGCGAAUUCUUUCUAGCGGAGAACCAACAUCAGAAGUAUUAUUUGCACAAGUAUUACAAGCUUUGUCAGAGUUUGAACCUACGCAGCACUCAACAAUUUGUGGACUCCUACAUCGCUUGCAAAUUCAACGGAGUAUUGGCUUUGGAUGUGGAACUCAUCUUGGACAAGUUACCACAAUUAUCGACGACUUGUCUGUUACCCAAGCAAUGCAGAUCAACUUGUGAUGAAAUUAUACAAGAUUUAAAGAGAAGUUUAAUCAGCCACACUUCUUAAGUAGUGACUUCAUUAUUUUCUUUUUCACUCUAUAUAUAUGUUAUACCAGAAACCAAUUGAAAUUUGAUAAUGGCAUGGUAACGAUCCGACUGGUUGUUUUGA